CUUGUCCUGGGGGAACUUUAAUUUCUUAUGUUCUCGAAUGUGACUUGAAUGAUGUGCUUCUGCCCUUAUCCAUGAUUUUCACUAAUAGAGUCUGGCAUAUGAUUCACGGAGUUGUUGGUGCUACACUACAGAUAGUGGCAGAAUGCAAUAAAGAUGUGACACUCCCUUGUAAGGUUUUUAAAGAUCUACAAGUCAAAACAGGGGCAAAUGUCUCCUGGUAUAAGAUUGGUGAAAACAGCAAAGAACUGAAAGAGCAUGAUUAUUCAAGAGAACCUAAUGAAUCCUUGGAGACUUCUAAUGACACCUGGCAUUCUCUGAUGAUAAGAAAUACUACAAGUUACAGCAGUGGGACCUAUAAGUGCCUCUUAAAGACACCAAUUAAAAAAUACAACCAAAGCAGUACAGUUACACUAAAAGUAAUAGACUGUCCCGAGGAAUCACAACAUGCAAAACAUAAAAAAUACAGAACAGAACUUCUGUUGCUAUGCUCUCUUGGGGUUUUUUACUUACUUCUCAUCUUCUUUGCUUGUACAUGCUUAAAGGGAAAAAGCUCUACAGAUUAUCACAAAUCCAGAAUGAAACACAUAGACAACAGACUUCGCCAUGUCAAUACCCGCUGAAAGCUUGGUUUCUACUGGCCAAGGAUCAACAUAACCAAAGUUCUACCAAGCUGACUUUUGUUGAAUCACUAGAGGCUCAUCAGUAAAAAUAACAACAUCAAGAUGGAUGUAUAGACUAUUAAUGCACAUUUUCCCUCGGAGUAACUUGGAAGCCUCUAUAAUUUAUUAGCUACAGUACUUACUUUAGCAGGGAACUAUUUCAGAGACCAUCGUUUCAUUCACUGCAGUAUGAACUUACAUCAACAGCAAUGCAAUCUCCACACAAGGUUACUAUCGUACUGUCGCCAGAUUGACUUGUUUAUGUAUCCUCAUCUCUUCCUUCUGACUAGUAGUUGUCCUUAAUAUGCAAAACUGCUGCAGAGUGGGUUUGGCCCUUGAACUUGGCAAAUAAAUAAUUGAUUGAGCCAACUCUUUCAAUAAGCAUACAUAAUGGCUUCUGUGGUACAUUUUUUCUGACAGUAAUGCUUCUUCAAAUGAUUGAUCAGUCAAUGAAUGGGUGGAAAGAUUACUGAAGCCUCAAUCUCAAGUGUAUAGCAUGACAACCUGUGUUUAUUGCUGUAUGCCUCUGAGACUGUCAAGUAUGCUCUUUAUUUGCUAAAACUGUAGCAUGCUUAGGAGAAUGUUUAGAGAAGAUAUCCAAUUACUAUUGCUACAGAGUUACUAUUUGUUUAAAAAGGUGCCUGAAUGCUUAAGACAUAUAUUUACAUUUUCAACCCUAAAUCCACUUACCCAUGAGUACCAUUUAACCGUGUGUACGUAUGAAUGUGCCUUCAAGUCAACUUAUGAUGACCCAAUGAAUUUUUUCGAAUUUUCUUAGGCAAGGAUUACACAGAAGUGGUUUCGCCAGUUCUUUCCUCUAAAAAAUAACCCACAGCACUUGGUACUCAUAGGUAGUCUCCCAUCCAAGCACCAACUGGGACUGAUCCUGCUUAGUUUCCCAGAUCAAACAGGAUGUUGUGAGUAUUUAGACUUCCUACCUUUGAGUAGAUAUGAAUAAGUUUGUAGACUAAGAACAUUUUGCAGAUACAUAUUGCUCUCCACUUGAUGCUAUAUUAUGGAAGGUUGCAAAGUAUGUUUUGGGGAGAAAAAUUCUCUCAAUCAACCCAUCCCAAAACAAGUGUUUGUUGCACUGCUCUGUAUAAAACAACUACGGUACAUAUGUGAAGAGAUGGAAGAACCGAAAACUAUGGAAAACUCAAAAGUUGAAAUACUUCUGCUAACUUCAUAUCUUUAUAUACAGGCAGUCUCCGAGUUGCGAACAAAAUGUAAGUUUUGUAGGUUUGUUCUUAAGUUGAAUUUGUAAAUCGGAACAGGCACAUUUAAAAAAUAUAUAUAAGCAAACUUUGGAUAGAACAGGGAAGGGAUAACACCCCUGUGGUGUUGGUUUUUCUGACUGUGCCCCUGUUCAGAAGAUUUCACCUCACUUUCUCUCCCUGUGAAAAUUGGAUUUUGAAAAAUUUGGCUUGUUAUGGAAACAAGAAUUGGUGAUGAAGCCUUGGUGGAAACACCUUUCCCCCAUGAUUAACUCUUUCAGGAGUGAAUUUCCUUUCCUAGGAGUAAAUUUCUCUCACUUCCUGUUGUCUCAGCUCUGUUCUUAACUAUGAGUUGUUUGCAGAUCGGCUGUUUGUAACAAGGGGACUGCCUGUAUAUCAAAUCUUUUUUAGAGCAGGGAAAUCAUUACAGUUGUUGGUCAUAAAUGGUUUUCAGUCAUAAGCAGCAGAUAAUGUGUCAUACAACAGAGAUGAUUAUUCACAUAGCACCAUAGAUACGUGAUUCCACCCACAAUCACUCCCCCCUACCAGCUGUCCAAGGUAAUCAUACUACGCAGUUUAACUGAUCCUUUGGAACUAUAGCUCUCACUAAUGAAGAAAAAUGUAACAUGAUUUUGUCAUUUCCUCUUGUUAAAAAAGACUAUCAUUCGUAGUUCUUAUAUAUGUUCUCAUGCAUGAUAGAUUCCAUAACAUUUUUUUUUCGUGUCAGGAGCAACCGGAGUUGCUUCUGGAGUGAGAGAAUUGGCCGUCUGCAAGGACGUUGCCCAGGGGACGCCCGGAUGUUUUGCUGUUUUACCAUCCUUGUGGGAGGCUUCUCUCAUGUCCCCGCAUGGAGCUGGAGCUGACAGAGGGAGCUCAUCCACGCUCUCCCCGGGUGGGAUUUGAACCUGGCAGCUUUCAGGAAUGGAAAGGAACUUCAGCACACAGAGUUGUUGCCCCUAGUGAUGGAGUUGGAGGUGACAGAGGUGCCUCGGCUUAUAUUCGGGUUGGCUAUACUCAAGUAUAUACGGUAAGUCCCAUUUGAACGCGGGUCCAAAGGAGCACAGCCACCACCAGCAGAACUUGGUUGCCAGCCAAUAGCCUUCCUUCCUCUGCAUUUGGUGAGAAUUGGGGAACCGUCCGCACUAGAGAGGGGCCCUCAUCACUAUAGCAACCACCUCUGACCAGAGUCUAUCCAAACAGUGCCAACUUUUUCCAUCAAGGCCAGCUCCAAGAUGGGCAGACAGCAGCUCCAGGUCCAGAAGCAGCACCCGAGGAGGAAGUGACCCGAGAUGACUCUUGAACAGUGAUUGUGCGGGACUCCAUCACCAACAUUUAUUUAUUUACAUUUAUUUACAGUAUUUAUACCCCGACCCAGGUUUGAACUGAUGACUUUUUAAUAGGUAGGAUUUUUUGCAGCCGUGCUAAACCCAGUCCCUUAGACCUUAGAUGCCCAACCUGUGAAUUAAAAAACAUCCCUUCCUCACUGGAACGGUGGCUCCACCUGGAACUUCCUGUGGUCACUUGUUCUGGGGCAAGUGACAAGUAAGUCAGCUGCCCCCUGCUCCCCACUUGAUUUGUAUAUCUGCCCGCUGCCUGCCUCAUUGUAAAUUAACAUGUACAUAUAUGUAUAUAGUAUUUAAGAGUUUUUAAAAUUGUAAUAUGUAAGAGUUGAUUUUUGUAUUUUAAGUGUGUAGAAAUAGAAUAAGCUGUUUGUUUGAGAGUCAGGGGAGGGCUUUUUGUGGGAGGGAGAGGGGAAUCAUGGAUAAAAGUUCAUUUAAAUGUGUUUGCUAAUUUGAGAGUAAGGAUAUAUUUGUUUGUUUAUUUGAGGGUAAGACAAGAGGGCCUUUUAUGUGUGUGUGAGAGAGAUGAUAUUUAUUUUUGUGGAGAGUUUUAUUUAUAUCAGUGUAAAUAAAAAGAUAGAUAUUGUUUGAUCUGCUCGGUAUGGCUACUUGGUUAUGGCUCUGGAUCGAGUGUCCAGCUCUGACCGAGGUUGGUUGACUAAGGCACUUCCACACCAUACUUAAUUGUGCACUGAAGUGGGUUUAAAAAACCCGCUUCAGUGCACAUUUAAGUCCUCCCACAAAAAAAACCCUGGCUUUUUUUUUGGGGGGGGGGUGUCUAGAUGUCAUCCCAGUAACUACCGAGAUGUCAUCCAGUCACCCUAAAGACUCCCAAAACAACCCUUAACCCUUGUGUCCAGAAUGGUGAAUUGUAUAGUUUGAUUUAUCAUUUUUAAAAAGAUAAGAAACAUGUAGCAUAACAGAUUGCAAAAUAUGUAAUUAUGUAUGCAACUCAAAGUUUUGUAAAGAUGAUGAUAGGAAAGUUAAAAGUAUAUAAAUGCCUUCUUAAACUAGAGAUCAAUGAUGAACUCAUACAAGAGUACAGGAUACAGUGAACCCAGAAGGCUUGGACAUAAUAUCUGUAUGGAUGCACUUAAUAUAUAGUUGGUAACUAAGCCCCCCAAAAGCAGUAAAAGCAUCUUAGAAUGUUUUAAAGCAAUGUUGGGAAUGACAAGAUAAGGAGAAUUUCAUUGUCAAAUCUAAUGAACUUAUAAUACGGUGAAAAAUUACUGGUCUAAGAUUAAUUUGUUCAUUCCAAAAAUUAAAACUAGACAUUGUAAUGUUUUUAGAAAUAUUUUUUGCUGAGCAUUAUUGUUAAAGAUCUGGAUUGUAAAUGACAACAACACCAAGACUAUGUUUUGCUCAAAUUUGGAAACAGACCAAAGCGCUGAUUAUGGAAGAAUGGAUUGUUCCACUUGCUGAGUUGACCCAAAUGGACAAAUUAAUGUAGCUUCUAAAGAUACCGGUAUGCCAGAUGAAGACUUUCUGAAGGCUGGAAAAAUGCAAAGAUAUUGCAAGAAAGACAAACUCUCAUGAUGUAAUUAAGCUGUGGUUAUGGCUGUAGCAAUUUUAGUGAUAUUAUGUAUUAAAUACGUGUUGGUGGAAUACUGAUUUUUCUAUAUUAUAUUAUUUUGUGGUAAUAUAGAUUGCUGGUGUUAAAUAUAAUAACUAAAUGGAUACAUUGAAAAAAAGGAAGAAAACCAUGCUUUUCAUGCAAAUCAACCACAUUUGAUAUGUGCUAUGCAGAGGAAUGUCUCAAAAUACUUCACAUUGUGCCAAUCCUAAACAAAAUGAUCAUUUUUGUGUUGUACUUCUGUUUGGAUUUGGCUACCUAUUUUUGACUAGGAAAGGAUUAAUAACAAAUAGUAUGCGCACAACCUUUCCCUGUCUUUCUUAGCACAAUGAAUCUUGAAGAACUGAGUUUUGAAAUUAACAAGUAAUAGGCCAUAUCAAAACAGUGUUUUUUGAAUUGUCCUGUCUUGCUUCCCUUUUUAGUUACAGAGUGUUUGGUUUUCAGAGGGAUAACGUGUCUGGAAAUCACUGGGCUAUGGUUGGCUCUGAGGGAUAAUCAUCAAGUUGUCCCGACCCACCUGCCCAGCCAAUGAGCCAAUGUCUUCCACCAAUGAGAUGAGUAGUGCUCCGCAGAACUUUGUCUAUGGAUCAUGUUUGGAAGAAUUCAGAUACCUUCAGCUCAAGUUAUGAAGAGACUGGAACAAUCCUAAUUAUAUGUGUCUCUGUGAGGGUUAUACAAUUCGCUAGCUUAGUUUUUCUGUUAUUUUUUAUUUUAAAAUUUUUAUUCUUUAAUAAAAACAACAUUUAACAUAAAAUAAAAUAAAACUUAGUGGAAAUUA